CCGGCAGGAGAGCAGGUGGUGACGGCGACGCAAGGGGCCCAGCCGCCGCCGCCGCUGCCGCCAGAGCGGACCGACGGGCCGGCGGGAUCCCGGCACCGCGGGGCUCGGAGGUCGCGACCCCGACCCCGUCUGACCCCGCACCCUCCAUCCGAUCGCGCGCGCGCUCGGGUCGCCCCACGCGGCGGCGCCGCCUGUUCACGUUUGCAGAUCUCCGGGGGAACCUGCCAGCGUGAUCAUCAUGGCCUCUGAAGACAUCGCCAAGCUGGCCGAGACACUGGCCAAGACGCAGGUGGCCGGCGGACAGCUCAGUUUCAAGGGCAAGAGCCUCAAACUCAACACUGCGGAAGAUGCCAAAGAGGUGAUUAAGGAAAUCGAAGACUUCGAGGGCUUGGAGGCGCUGCGUCUGGAGGGCAACACGGUGGGCGUGGAAGCGGCCAAGGUCAUUGCCAAGGCCUUGGAGAAGAAGUCAGAGCUGAAGCGCUGCCACUGGAGCGAUAUGUUCACGGGGAGGCUGCGCUCCGAGAUCCCGCCGGCUCUGAUCUCGCUCGGGGAGGGCCUCAUCACGGCCGGGGCCCAGCUGGUGGAGCUGGACCUCAGCGACAACGCGUUUGGGCCCGACGGCGUGCGCGGCUUCGAGGCGCUGCUCAGGAGUCCCGCCUGCUUCACCCUGCACGAACUCAAGCUCAACAACUGCGGCAUGGGCAUCGGCGGCGGCAAGAUCCUGGCUGCAGCCCUGACUGACUGUUACCGGAAAUCCAGCGCCCAAGGCAAGCCCCUGGCCCUGAAGGUCUUCGUGGCGGGCAGAAACCGUCUGGAGAACGACGGAGCCACUGCGUUGGCGGAAGCUUUUGGGAUCAUCGGGACCCUGGAGGAGGUCCACAUGCCCCAGAACGGGAUCAACCACCCGGGGGUCACUGCGCUGGCCCAGGCCUUCGCCAUUAACCCUCUGCUGCGGGUCAUCAACCUGAACGACAACACCUUCACCGAGAAGGGUGCGGGGGCCAUGGCCAAGACCCUGAAGACACUGCGGCAGGUGGAGGUGAUCAACUUCGGGGACUGCCUGGUGCGCUCCAGGGGCGCCGUGGCCAUCGCUGAGGCCGUCCGCGGCGGCCUGCCCAAGCUGAAGGAGCUGAACUUGUCCUUCUGUGAGAUCAAGAAGGAGGCGGCGCUGGCCGUGGCCGAGGCCGUGGCGGACAAGGGCGCGCUGGAGAAGCUGGACCUCAACGGCAACAUGCUGGGAGAGGAAGGCUGCGAGCGGCUGCAGGAGGUGCUGGAGGGCUGCGGCCUGGGCGCCGUGCUGGCCACCCUCAGUGACGAUGAAGGUGAAGAUGAUGAGGAGGAAGAGGAGGAGGAAGAAGAGGAGGAAGAGGAAGACGAAGAGGAGGAGGAGGAGGAAGAGGAGGAGGAGGAAGAUGAUGAGGAAGAGGCACCGCAGCAAAGACAAGGAGAGCAAAAGAGCACGCCCUCCAGGAACAUUCUGGACCCCACCGUUGGGGAAGCUGCCCCGGUGCUGGGCUCCCCACCGCCCGCCGACAUCUCCGCCUUCUUGGCCUUCCCGUCACCCGAGAAGCUGCUGCGCCUGGGACCCAAGAGCUCGGCGCUCAUCACCCAGCAGACUGACACAUCCGACCCGGAGAAGGUGGUGUGUACCUUCCUGAAGGUGUCCUCUGUGUUCAGGGACGAAGCCACAGUGAGGACGGCCGUGCAGGACGCUGUGGACGCCCUGAUGCGGAAGGCCUUCGGCUCGUCCUCCUUCAACGCCAACGUCUUCGUCACCCGGCUACUCAUCCACAUGGGUCUGCUCAAGAGUGAAGACAAGGUCAACGUCAUUGCCAACCUGUCGGGGCCUCUGAUGGCGCUCACCCACGUCGUGCAGCAGGACUAUUUCCCCAAGGCGCUGGCCCCGCUGCUGCUGGCCUUCAUCACCAAGCCCAACGGCGCCCUGGAAUCCUGCUCCUUCGCCCGCCACAACCUGCUGCAGACGCUCUACAAGGUGUAGCCCCGGCACGGCCUGGCCUGGAGCGACCCUCGGGGAAGGACUCGGGGACAGGCUGGCCCAGCACAGAGGGCUCAGCCGGGCGCAGCGGCUGCCCCGAGGGAGUGUGGGGCGUGUGCCUGUGGUGGCUGCUUCUGGCUCUGGGUCCGAGUGGCGCUGUCACCGCUGGGAAGGAUGCUGGCCAGGGCAGCCCGGGCCACUGUGCCAUUGAACUCUGCUGUCAGGACUCGGCCCGCUGGCCCGUAUCUGGCCUGUGAUGAGCAGCCCAGGCUGCACUUGGCUGGGUGGGAUGAGCCAAGGCUGGUGGCCCCUGGCCAGGCCUAGAGCUGGCUCCACUCAUGCCGGA